CCUCAGAAAGUCAGCUUGUUUCUCCAGUGCAGACGAAGAGAUCGCACGUAUACGUCUCAUUUCGAGCCGAUUAGGAAAGUGGUUCUUCUUCUCCUCAUUUUAACGAAAGGACCUUGUAGUGGUGAAGAUAAAUACGACUUGCUGGGAAAAUGAAGCUGCUCAUUGUUCUACUGGUGGUGGCUCUGGCUUCUGCUGCCGACCUCAGAGAUGCGUCUGACAGACUAGUUCCUGGAAGCGGCGACCUUCAGUCCCUCCACACCGGAGCGGAGGAGACCACAGCAGACCUUCCGGAAGUCUUCCGCAUCCUCAACAUCAUCCCCGACGGAUACCAGGACUCAAACCACCAAGUCCUUUUCGUGAACGGGAUGCGAGUCGAAGUCAACGAAACAAUUAGCAAGAGUUCGGACGAGGGAGGAGAAGAUGAAGGGGCGCUGGUGGCCCAGAUCGUCAUCAAGGUCAUUCCAGGCGCUGGAAAGAGUCACCCGGCUGUGGUAGAAGGCGUUUCAGGGGAACUGCCCUCCGACAUCAAGAGCAGAGGUCGACGAGAAAUUCUCGAGUACAUCACGAAGGUCAGCGGAAACGCCAAUUGCGUCACAGGAGCCCAAAGGAUUACCCCCGCUGGAACUAGGCUGCUGCCAGAGAACCCCACAGCCAACCCUCCACAGCCAUCAGCCCUUCACGCACACAACCGAGUCAUCAGCUACGAAGGUGACACCAACGUCAAUUACCUGGGCUCCCAGCCAAAGGAGAACCCAGAUGCUGAGGUCUUCGACAGCAACCUCGUCAGGGAAGAAGCCAACAGGUUCUACGCCAGCCGCCCUCAGCCCGCAGCUUACACCUUCCAUUCGCAGCCAAUCAGGUCCCAGGCCAUCCGCUCACAGCCAAUCAGGUCUCAGCUCAUCCGCUCGCAGCCAAUCAGGUCUCAGCCUCUCCGCCAGCACUCACAGUGGGGCCAGCCAAUCCGCUCACAGCCUCUGAGGGCUCACGAGCCAGUCUAUUCUCAGCCCAUUCGAUCACAGCCGAUUCACUCUCAACCACUGAGGUCUCAACCAAUCCGAUCACUGCCUCUCAUGUCUCAGCCACUCCGAUCACAGCCGAUAAGAUCCCAGUCGUAUACCGCACCACGCCUUUAGGAUUUGCAAUCCUACACUCACCCCAUCAGAUGUUAGGUCAAUCUUCAUCAAUGCAUUUGCAACAGUCGUCCAUUAUUUGUGAACAUUCAUUCUCACGACUAAUGCCUUUCUAUUUUUAUAUAUAUUAUUUAACAGUCAUUGCAUCAUCUCUCUCAUAUUCAUUCAUAUUCUCAUCCCAUUGUCUGUAUCAUCUUCCCAACAAAACAUUUCUAUGCAACAGUCAGGGUAAAUCUUCCAUUCACUCAUGAACAUGAGAAAUCUUCCUCUUCAUUUAAUCCGCUCAUGUCAUCUCUUUUAAUCUCCAGGGUUUCAAAAUCAUGUGAUCAUAUUCCAAUCUCAUAAUCAGAUCAAUCUUCACCAACAAUCCAUUGGGUAAGCUCAUCAGAUGUUUCCUACAUUGGUAUCAUAAUCUUUCUCCUAUUUGACCAGUUAAAUCAUCCUUCCCUGCUCUCAAUCUUCUCAAGAGCUGAUCAAAUCACCCCUUGGCUUCAUUAGCUGAAAAUCAUCUCAUCUAGCCUUCAUAUUCUUAUAAUCCCCUUUUCAUAUGCCAAUUUAAUUGUCCCAUAAUUUAAUUGGCUAAAAACCAUCUCAUCUAACUUUCAUCAGGUUCUUGUAAUCUACCUUUCAUACGCCAAUUAAAUCAUCCCAUAGUUUAACUGACUAAAAACCAUCUCAUAUAACCAUCUUCUGGUUAGGUUCAACUUUCCAUGAGCCGAUCACAUCAUCCCAUAUUUUCACUGAUUAAAAAAUCAUCUCUUCUAGCCUUCAUAUUCUCAUAAUCUAUUUUCCAUUUGCCAAUUAAAUCACCUUAUAAUUUAACUGGCUAAAAACCAUCUCAUCUAACCAUCUUCAGGUUCAACUUUCCAUGAGCCGAUCACAUCAUCCCAUAUUUUCACUGGUUAAAAAAAUCAUCUCACCUAGCCUUCAUAUCCUCAUAAACUAUUUUUCAUAUGCCAAUUAAAUCACCCCAUAAUUUAACUGGCUAAAAACCAUCUCUCCCAAAACCCUUUCAUGCGCCAAGCAACGUGGUCUUCCAAACGUACAACGAAGCCAAAGAUAUUAUAUUUCUGUUUCUGUCUUCAUCGCCGAAAUGCAUUCACCCAUUUUUGUAUGUGAUCGUCUGUUGUUUGAAGGUAUAUUUUGUCUUUUGUUUGUUUCUUAAUAAAAUAAAGGUAUUUAUACA